UAUAUUUAAAUGAUUGCCAAAGCAUUAAUGCUAUGCUGAUAUUACCAGCCUUAGAGAAGUUUGAGCAUUUGGAGGUGUUGUGGCUGCCUGGCAUUGAAAAUGUUUCUGAUGAUUUUAUUAAGAAGUUUAUUACUGCUCGUGGCCACAAUUUGAAGGAGCUUAUUUUGACUGAUUGCAUAAAUUUAACAGAUUCUUCUGUGAAGGUCAUAGCUGAAACUUGUUCUGGGUUAUGUGUGCUUGACCUAGUUAACCUGAAUAAGCUGACAGAUUCUACUUUAGGAUAUCUUGCAAAUGGUUGCUGAGCAAUUCAAACAUUAAAAUUUUGUCGCAAUUCAUUCAGGUGCUUCCCUAAGUUAUUAUUUUCUUGUACAC